AUUAAUGCCGUCUUUGCGGCUGUCUACGGCUAUAAAGACGUCGUAGUCGUAGAGAGGACUAGGGGUAGGAAGAGUCUGAUAUUCUAUACUUUCUCUAUAUUAACUAGAUUAGUUGCUCUCCAAAUUAUACUACUGAACCGGCUAGAGGAGGAGCAAGCUAGUAAUAUAAGAAGAGCUCUAAGCUAG